CCCCAGUCCCACACUUUGAAAGCAUGUCAACCAAGGGGAGCAAACGACUCCAGCAGUCUUGGUCACGGAUCUCUAAGUCCCAAAGGGACUUAGCAAAGUCCAUUCUGACUGGGGCUCCAGGAGGACAAGCGGGGUACCUGCGGCGGGCCAGCGUGGCCCAGCUGACCCAGGAGCUGGGCACCGCCUUCUUCCAGAGGCAGCAGCUGCCAGCUGCUAUGGCAGACACCUUCCUGGAGCACCUCUGCCUGCUGGACAUUGACUCCGAGCCCUUGGCCGCACGCAGUACCAGCAUCAUUGCCACCAUCGGGCCAGCAUCUCGCUCCGUGGAGCUCAUCAAGGAGAUGAUUAAGGCUGGGAUGAACAUUGCGCGAUUCAACUUCUCUCACGGUUCCCAUGAGUACCACGCUGAGUCCAUCGCCAAUGUCCGAAAGGCAGCAGAGAGCUUUGCAACUUCUCCGCUCAGCUACCGACCCGUGGCCAUCGCUCUGGACACCAGGGGACCAGAGAUACGCACUGGGAUCCUGCAGGGGGGCCUGGAAUCAAAAGUGGAGCUGGUGAAGGGCUCCCAGGUGCUGGUGACCGUGGACCCAGCAUUCCAGAUUCAGGGGAACGCGAACACCGUGUGGGUGGACUACCCCAAUAUCGUCCGGGUCAUGCCACUGGGGAGCCACAUCUACAUUGACGACGGGCUCAUCUCCCUACGGGUCAAGAAAAUUGGCCCAAAGGGGCUGGAGACUGAAGUGGAGAGUGGUGGCCUUCUGGGCAGCCGGAAGGGCGUGAACUUGCCAGGCAUCCAGGUAGACCUGCCUGGGCUGUCCGAGCAAGAUGUCCAAGACCUGCGCUUUGGGGUGGAGCAUGGCGUGGACAUCGUCUUUGCCUCCUUUAUGCGGAAAGCUAGCGACGUGGUUGCCGUCCGGGCUGCUCUGGGGCCAAAAGGACAGGGCAUCAAGAUCAUUAGCAAAAUCGAGAACCACGAAGGAGUGAAGAAGUUUGAUGAAAUCCUGGAGGUGAGCGACGGCAUCAUGGUGGCACGGGGUGACCUGGGCAUCGAGAUCCCAGCUGAGAAGGUUUUCCUGGCUCAGAAGAUGAUAAUCGGACGUUGCAACUUGGCGGGCAAGCCUGUUGUCUGUGCUACACAGAUGCUGGAGAGCAUGAUCACGAAGUCCCGGCCAACUCGGGCAGAGACCAGUGAUGUGGCCAAUGCUGUGCUGGAUGGGGCUGACUGCAUCAUGCUGUCGGGGGAAACUGCCAAGGGCAACUUUCCUGUGGAGGCCGUAAAGAUGCAGCAUGCGAUUGCCCGGGAGGCAGAGGCUGCAGUGUACCACCGGCAGCUGUUUGAGGAGCUGCGCCGGGCAGCACCCCUGAGCCGUGAUCCCACUGAGGUAGUCGCCAUCGGCGCUGUGGAGGCUGCUUUCAAGUGCUGUGCUGCUGCCAUCAUUGUCCUGACCACAACUGGCCGCUCAGCCCAGCUUCUGUCUCGGUACCGACCUCGGGCAGCAGUCAUUGCUGUCACCCGCUCCGCUCAGGUUGCCCGCCAGGCCCACCUAUGCCGAGGAGUCUUCCCCUUGCUCUACCAUGAACCUCCAGAGGCCAUCUGGGCAGACGAUGUGGAUCGCCGAGUCCAAUUUGGCAUUGAAAGUGGAAAACUCCGUGGUUUCCUCCAUGUCGGGGACCUGGUGAUUGUGGUGACAGGCUGGCGGCCUGGCUCUGGCUAUACCAACAUCAUGCGGGUGCUGAGCAUAUCCUGAGAUGCCCCUCCCCCUCUGACCCAGCCAGCCCUGGAUCCCAUCCCUUCUACCCACGCCCUCCACCUCACACCCCUCCUACAGCCCCAUAUCUAAGUCUUGUCUACCCCCAAUUCUCCCUACCCAAGGCCACAUCUGCCAUCUAACCCCAUUCCAGGGUGCCCCUUCCCCCUCUUCAUUUCACACAGGCCCUGAAAGUCUGUGUCCAAUUAAGCACUGGCCAUCCAGCUGCACCAACUGUAGAUUCCCUGCACCCAAUGCUCUCAGCUGAGCCCUAAGAUGCUCUGAGCCUUUAAUCUCAGCUAAACUGGUUAAUUCUAUUCCCCCAGGCUUCCCACGCCUGGCGGGAGGGGGGAGAGGGGAAUGGAGUGAUCCUGUCCACAGUCCCCACAAAAUCACUACUUUAAAAAUAUCCCAUUUCCAGGCAGUCUGACGUUCUCAUACGUGGCCCUCAUGCUAAACUGCGCAUCUCCCAAGGAGUGCCACCUCUUCCUUCGUUGUGACUAACAGUGACAUCAAAGCACCCCCCUUUUGGGAAAGCCAGGGUAGAUGUACGCUGGGAGCGCCGAGAGUGGGGGACUCAUCUUGUCACUAUCUUUACAGCCUCUGCUGGGCCUGCAGGCCACUCCCCGGUUGCCGUCAUGCCCACCUCAUGCCUCGCUGGGUUGGACACCCUGCUCCCUCCCCCUGCACCCAGAAAUUCCUUCGUGCCCACUUUGUUCCACACACACACCAGGAGCCAAAUGAGUGUCUCUCUUUUCUUUUUAAACCCAGCUGUUUGGAAGCAAUUAUAAAACUUCUCCCACACACCCAGAACCCCAGAACUCCUCACCCAGGAGAAAAGGAGAUUUAGGAUCCCAGCCCCAUGUUCUCUGAUGCUGUGGAGUAGGUGUGGGGACAGAGGUGUGGUAAGGGAUUUCUCUUGUCCCUGAGAAGGCAGAGGUGCUGGCUGGCCUGCCUUUCCCCAGGCUUGGAUAGCUCGGGCCCUCCUGAACCACCAGCAAACUCAGUAGGGAAAAAAAACCCUAAAAGUAAAAACAGUCCUGUUCCCCCUCUUGGGGGGCCCGUCCUACCCCUACCCAGAUAGGGAGAGGAUUCCAAUACUGCUGCCAAUGGAAAUGGGCAAGGACCACAAGAGCUGGCAUGGUGGGGCCCUGUGCCUUCCUAUCUCCUUACCAGGAGGGGAGGGGAGGGAUGAAUAAAGGAAUGAGUGAAUAAGAUGAAUGGAUAAUAAAUUAAAUUAGCAAAUGAAUACAUAAAUACAAUUAUUAAAUGAUUGAACAAUUAAGAAUAAAUAAAUAAGGAGGAAGGGAGGAAGGAAAGAAAAAAAGCCAUCUAAGGAUUCAGCCACCAGCUCCCCACCGGGGGGGAUCUAGGCUGGCACACUAAAUAAGGAGGUGCCAACUAUCCCUUAGCUUCAAGGGGGACACCACUGGGGCAGGGGCACAGGGAGUAGGUGGCUCCCAGUUUACAAAAAGACAGUUCUCCCACAGAGACAAAGAGCGCAGGGAACUUGGCAGGAGAUGUGUGUUCCACUCUGGUGGUAUAGACAGGGAGGGUCCAUACAUGGCAGUGAAGGUGAUGCCCAUACUGAGGACUUAUGACAUUUGUUGACAGUAAUGGGGGCACAAGUAAUUGGCAGUGCCCAGCUAUGCUAGGGGGACAGAAAGAUAACCGUGCCAGGCAGAACCUGCAGGGUCAUGGGCAGGGAAACAGAGACAUCUAGUUACUUGGCAGUGAUGGUGGUGGCAAGUACUUGUGCUUAGUAAAGUGGGAUCACGGGUCCAGGCCUGCACCUGGCAGGACCAUGGCUGAGGGAAUACCCUUGUCAAAGGGCUUGGAGUCACUUCUACUUGGCAGUGGAGACAUACAGCACUCAGCACAGUGCCUUGAACACAGUAGGCGCUCAGUACAUUUGAUGGAUGGGUGAAUGGAUUAGGAGGAUGUCAAACAGGCUGCAGGGUGCCUGAGCUGAGGACAGAGACCAUCUUCAUAGUAGUAAGGGGAAAUAUCCCAUAGGGCAUUGUUUCAGGUCCCCUCAGCCUUCCCCAAGAGGCACCUGCC